AUGUUGUCCACCACUUCCAGCACGACUAGCACUGCACACACCAUUGUUCCCAACCUCACUUUAGGAUCAACGGAUUCCUUUACUCACACCCCUCUCUCCAACCCUCCUCUCUCCAACUAUUUCAAUGAUCCCGCAAAUGAUUAUUACAAUUUCAUGACCCGAAAGUAUCACGUCUAUGCUUGUGAGAGUAAUGGACCUCUUCUCAACGGCACGAAAUUCACUCCUCAUCCAUUGAUCAUGUGUUGUUCGGAAGCGUACAGCAAACACUAUCCAUUGAUUCUCUCUCCGGAUGAUAUUUGGCUCUUGAUCGCUCAGGGUUUUGCCAAACAUGUGGAGAUUCAUUCCGAUCAGUUAAGAUCACAAUUCAUUUCCGAUGAAUCAGAGUCUGAAUUGAAAGAAGAACAAGGCUCAUCAUGGUCGAGUUCAAAAAUCAAAAUUGUAGUCUCGAUGGAUGAUAAAUUUAUUCAUCCUUCUCAACAACAAGAUUCUUCAUCAGAACAUACUCUUGCAUUGAAACAUGUCGAUUGGUCUCGUGUCUUCCAAGAAAUUACUUCUCAAGUGCAAUCCCAUCUUCGCACAGGAAAUGGAGGUUGUGAUAAUAACAACACCUCUUCCCAUUUGUUGGAAUGUAAUUUCUCCACCUCAACACAUAUUGAGAAAAGUGCUUCACAAAUUGUGUUCAUGAGUGCCAUGAAAAAUUACUUUUCCUAUUGGAAUGUAUUUUGUUGUGGUCUACCGAGUAUUACCUUGUUGGGAACUGUUCAUGAUUGGGAGAGUAUUAAGGAGAGAACACUUCAAUUGGAACAAUAUGGAUUCCAAUUUUGGUCCAAAGCAUUGAUUCCAAUUUUGGAUAAAUUCAUAGAGACGGCCAAAUUGAAUGGAUCGUCCUCCAGUCUUCCUGAAUCAUUGAGAAAUUUCUGGAAUCGAAUUGCAUUGUGUAGUAUGAAGAGUGGCUCGUGGCGUGUGACAGGUUGGAUUUCCUACUUUUUCCCUUACAAUCAACAAAAUGAAAUUUCUCGAGAUUUGUCCGCGUUGAAAGACGAUAAUUCGAACAACUUUUUGGACAACGUUAAAGUGAAUGGAUGGGGAACCACGGCAGAUCAGUAUCCAUCCGGUCUAUCGACAGUUCAAGUCCGUCUGUUGAAUUCCCCAGUGCAGGGAGUCGAUUCUUUGCACUACAUGGCUGGAUUCUUGGGCUAUGAUUAUGAUGAACAGUUGAAAGGAAUGAAACCAAGAAUAGGCUGGGCCAUUGGCUCUGAGAAGAAAGAGAAUGACGUCGCAUAUGAGCAAGAGUGA